UUCUCUUCUGUAAUCUAUAUGUUCUAUAUUCAUCUGAAAUCCUUGUUGAGCUUUUAUUAAAUACUACUAAGUACUAUUUGUUCCUACUUCAUAUUUUUAGAUAUCUUAAGUGUUCAAUCUCGAUCAAAUUUGCAAACUAGGAAAAGAAAGUACAACACCCUUUGCUCAAGAGCUCUGGUUUUGGAAAGUCCGCAUUUAGUAUUAGUUUGAAAGGAAGUAGAACAACAUCAUACAUUGCAACUCCAGAGAUAGAUUGCACAAGACCCGGAGGUGGAGAAAUUCAAUCCAUUUGUGGAAUGCAGACUUAUCAAGAAAAAAGCCAGGAGGAGUUGAGGUUUGAGGACUACCAGUUAGCCUUUGUUCUUUGGUCCUCUGCAGCCAGAAAUGACUCCUAAAGUUGGAGCAACACUUCCAACAACCAACGCUUCUCACCCAUCAACAGAAGGGUCUAGUUGCUCAGAAAUUGGACAAGGAGGUGGUCAGCCAAGUAUCAAUGACCAACAGGUGCAUGGCAGCUUUGGAUGCUGAAAAUUACUUGCAAGAAAUCGGUGCCCAAGAGGGGUCUUACUUUCCGAGAAUCAUGGAAGUGAAUCCAUCACCAAUUAUGCCUCCUGCUUUUCCUAGAAUCAUGGAAGUGAAUCCAUCACCAAUUACGCCUCCUGCUGAAACACAACCUUCAGUCCAAAUCUCGGUAGAGCACCUGAAUUUGGCAACAUCCAUCCAGUAUGGAAUUUCUAGUUUACCUGUUUCUAACAACCCUACUACGAUCAGACGAAAAUCCUCGUUGAUAAUUCGACAUUCAUCUCUAAGUCAGCAUAUGUUGCCACCGAAAUACAAACCUACAAGUGAUAUACCAAAGGUGAAAAGUUGGAUUUUAUGUGAGACUUGUUUAGUAGUUUGUGGCAUGCUUUGGUUGAUGGACUAAAUUUUAAGAUAAACACAUAUCAUAUGCAAAGAUUGCAAGUACGGGUAUCCUUUUGGUGAUAUAAUACAACACAAAGUCCAUAUUUUCCUCUAAUCCAAGUAAAACACUGGAAAAUUUAACAGGACUAUAAAAUUUGUUUAUGUAGUUCUCUUUUUCAUGGAUGAAGAAAACACUUCUGGUGUACUAAGGACAGAAGUCAUCAUCAUUCCAAGGGACUGGGCAAUUUUCUAAAAUUUUCCCCUCUACCAACAGCGUUGAAGUUUGAGGUGGGAAUUCACUCAGGGUUUGAGGUGGUAAUUUUCCUUUCUACCACACGGCUCAAUUUUUCUGUUUAUUUUAUCAAACAGGGAUCAGGUAUUUCAUUUUUUUGGUAACUAAAAACUGUGGAACCUAAAUUUUGCAAAAUCAAAACCAGUAGCGAAUAUGAAUUACCAGAAACUGAAUUGUUUUGGAUCACUGGUCUUGUAUUUGGAUGCAGGAACUUGUAACAGGUGUUCCGACAUUCCAUGAGAGGUGUUCAUCUUCUCUGCUAACAACAACAACAAACCCAAUGUAGUACCAUAAGCAGGGCUCUGGGAUAGAGUGUUCACAGAUCCCUACCUUGUGGAGGUAGAGAAACUAUUUCCGAAAGAUCCUCAGCUCGAGUAACGCACAUCAAAGUAGUCAAAAGUUCUGUCUUUUCUACUAUUGUAAGAUAAUUGUACCAGCUAAAAACAUCUAAAGAACAAUGGAACACUAUAGAGUUCAGGAAGAUAAGGGUAGGAUAAAUCUCAAAGGUGUCGAAAAUAACUAAUUUUGCCUUUACUAGCAUUCCUAAAAUUUAUUUAAAAGUGCUUUCAGAUUGCGGCUUUCUAGUUAUGUUGAGAAGUCUAUAGGAAGCUUACCUGAGAUUUGGUGUUCUGUUAACCACAUUGCCUUUUACACAGAGGAAAAAGAAGAAAUUGUGUGGAGAGUAUUUUCAAAGUAUUUCCAAAUAGAAUAAGUUGGUAUUUUAUCUUGACCUAUAGGUUAUUGGCAUCUUAAUGUAUAUAUUUCUAUGUGUCUAUUUAUUGUAACAGGAUAAUUGUUAUUGCACUUUCUGACAUAUUGUGACUUGAUCACAUGUAUGGAUUUAGCAAAGAAGUUGUUGAAUGCCAUGUUAUGUCUUUUGAUGAAAUAUCUAUAGACAUCUCUUCUUAGUUCCAUGGGGAAAUUUCCCUGUCACGAGAAUAAAAUGGCUAAAAAAUGUAUUGCCUGAGUCACUGGGCUACUAAAAGAUAUCAGAUGGAGACCAAAAUUCUGGGGGGCGCUAGUAUUUAACCAAAUAGGGGAGGGGGUGAGGGAGUGGUUGGGCUAUAGAAGAAGAGGUG